AUGGGUAAGACACAAUACACCCAAAAGUUCAGGGAAGAAUGGCUCACUGAUGCACUUUUCAAAGAUUGGUUGGUGAAGAUCGAACUAGAUCGAAAUAAAGCUCGAUGUAGGUUUUGCAAAACUGAAGUAGUUGCUAAACGGUAUGAUCUUCUCCAACACACGAAGACCAAAAAGCAUAUUGAGGCUUCAAAUGGAUUCGCAACUUCAAGGUCCGUGGCAAAUUACACAAAACCUCCUUCCUUAAAAACGAGUGAUGCAGAAGGUACGUUAGCAUUGUUUACAGCAGUUCAUUGUUCCAUCCUUACAUGUGAUCACUUAGGAGUUUUGUGUAAAUAA